AUGUUGAAUUUUCCUAAGUUCAGUCUAAUUCGAAAUUUCAAUGAAAUCUUUUUGCAGCACGCCCCUGAAAAAGCAUCAAUAAAGGUCCAAGCCCACUUUCACGAAUAUUGUGCUCGGAAUCACAUUCAGGAGAAGAGAGGUCACACUACUGAAAUGACUAAGCCAUCUAACCCCGAUCCAAAUCUGGCCGCCACUAAAAUUCAAGCAACUUACCGUGGCUAUCGAACCCGCAAAGAGCUUGCUCAUGUUCGCCACUCUGAGCCCUUUUCUCCCAGUUUUGAGCAACUGAAAAUCAGUCGUGAAGAGCGUCAUGGUCUUAGUGAUGUUUCUAAUAAACCUGACCAUGAAUCAAUGGAGGAUGCAGAGGAGAGAAGGAAUCGUGCUGCAACUAGAAUUCAGGCAGCUUAUAGGGGUUACCACGUUCGUUCUCAUUUGGGCGAACUUCAUAGUAGUGGUGGAAGUAGUCCCUGUUACUCUCCUCAAAUCUCUGGAGAUGAAGCUGCCACAAAAAUUCAAGCUGCUUUCCGUGGUUAUCGUGUCCGCAAAAACAUGCGCUCUCAAACAGCUCCUAUUCCUCGAUAUGACGAACAGAAGUACAAUGAAGCAGCCCGUAAAAUCCAGGCCAAUUACCGUGGUUACCGGGUGAGGAAGGAGUUUGGAAAUUUCGUACACCACCAUAAUACCAAUGAGUCAUGA